AUGAAACAUAACAAAUCAACCCAAUAUCGUAUUCCAACAUUAUCUGAUCUUCCUGAACCUCUUAAGGGAUUAAUCAUGGCACCAGAUACACCUAUUUCUAAUUGUCUUAUUUUACUUCAUGGACUAGGUGGUUCUCAUAUCCCAUUUGCACGGCUAGCUCGACAUCUUAAUUUACCUGAAACCGUUUGUAUUAGUCUUUGUGGACUAAAACCAACACCUCUAGUUGAUCCUUCUGAAAAUGAAGCGGGAUCCUGGCACUGGGGCUCAGAUUUGGCAUUUGAUCAAGAUGGAAUUGUUUCGGAUGAUGCAGAUUUACAGAAAGCAAUAGAAAUGUUAGAAUCUCUUUGUAAAACAUUAACUGAUCCACUACCUUCUGGCUGUGGAUUCUCAUCGCAAGCAAUUUUCUUCUUAGGAUAUGGACAAGGCGGUCGUUUAGCACUUAAUUUUACAUUAACACAAAGUAAACCAAAUUCUCCUCAUUUUAACAAACGGUUUGGAGGAGUUUUAUCAAUAGGAGGCAUUGUUGAAUCUCUUGAUUCCUUUACUCAUCUAUUUCUAAAUGAAUCUUUAUCUACAAAGACAAAUGAAAUGGACAACAAAACCAAGAAUGAAAAAAAUCACGUAAAAAUUUCAUCUUCUACAAUAUCUCGUCUUACAACACCUAUUUUACUUUGUGGAGGCGAUGAUGAAUCUCGUAUUACUUCUCAAAUUAUACAACAACUUUCAAAAAUAUUUUAUCAUGUCGAACAAAUCAUCUGGGAAGAUCAUGAAGGAGACACAAUGCCGCGUAAUCGCAAAGAAUGGUAUCCUUUGCUCGAGUGGUUUUCACGACAUUUACUUCAUACUUUUUAA